UAGUAUGCGCUUUGGUUGGUUGCUGGAGUCAAGAAAACAUACAGAGAUGGCAUUGAAGUACUUUUUGAUUUUCACAGUCAUCUUACUAGUGAAAAUGUGUGUUGUGGAAACACAAGGAUUCUUUGAAACGUCAAGUUACACUGCUAAGGUUAAUAAUGAAGUUGAACAAAUGAACCACUCAAGAGAAAAACGAGAAACCAGUACAUCUGCACUGGAAUACAUUGUGGUGGUGGAGGUGAAUGUUUCCCAAUUGAUUCUGAUUGAGCUACUUAAAUCAUCAUUGGACUCAAUCAGUCUUCAAUUAGACAACUCCACCACUGUCACUUUGGAAAUAUCAACUGUUUGUCAUUACAUUAAUACUGGAUACGAGUGCAGGUGUGAGGAUCAGUAUGUCUGGCCAUGUGAAAUGUGCACUGAAUAUGGUCACUGUGAUGACAGCAACACCACAUGUGCAUGCAUCACUGGGUUUCCUGGUGAUGGACAGUUCUGUCAACCAGUCACAGAGCUGACAAAUACCACUGCAUGCCCAACACUGCCUCCUUUGCCAGAACCCUCUGAAUAUAUGAUUGAUGUUGAUGUGGCAUUACCAGACUACUACAUGGUUCCUUUCUUAAAGGAACUGCUCAUGAGUUUCACCUUACCUGUUGUACUGAACAGUGGUGCAAACAUGACUGAGAUCAGCAUCACCACAGUGUGUACAUUAAACGAGACUGAGUAUGUGUGCAGAUGUGAGGAUCAGUAUGCCUGGUCCUAUGAUACCUGCAGAAUGUAUGGGAUGUGUGAUACCAGCAUAGGGGGCACAUGUGGAUGUAUCAGAGGACUUCCUGUGAAUGAAAUGUGCCAGAGAGAUGUGGAUGAAUGUGUACUUGGUACAUCUGCAUGUGGUCCAAACUCCAUCUGCAGCAACACAAUAGGAGGAUAUAAUUGCUCUUGCAGGACUGGAUUCACUGUAACCAACUCAAGCCUUCCUGUCAACAUUAGUAACCCUUGCAGGGAUGUAGAUGAAUGUGCAACUGCUCCCUCCAUCUGUGGUCCAAACUCCAUCUGCAGCAACACAAUAGGAGGAUAUAAUUGCUCUUGCAGGACUGGAUUCACUGUAACCAACUCAAGCCUUCCUGUCAACAUUAGUAACCCUUGCAGUGAUGUGGAUGAAUGUGUACUUGGUACAUCUGCAUGUGGACCAAACUCCAUCUGCAGCAACACAAUAGGAGGAUAUAAUUGCUCUUGCUGGACUGGAUUCACUGUAACCAACUCAAGUCUUCCUGUCAACAUUAGUAACCCUUGCAGGGAUGUAGAUGAAUGUGCAACUGCUCCCUCCAUCUGUGGACCAAACUCCAUCUGCAGCAACACAAUAGGAGGAUAUAAUUGCUCUUGCUGGACUGGAUUCACUGUAACCAACUCAAGUCUUCCUGUCAACAUUAGUAACCCUUGCAGUGAUGUAGAUGAAUGUGUACUUGGUACAUCUGCAUGUGGUCCAAACUCCAUCUGCAGCAACACAAUAGGAGAAUAUAAUUGCUCUUGCAGGACUGGAUUCAUUGUAACCAACUCAAGCCUUCCUGUCAACAUUAGUAACCCUUGCAGUGAUGUAGAUGAAUGUGCAACUGCUCCCUCCAUCUGUGGUCCAAACUCCAUCUGCAGCAACACAAUAGGAGGAUAUAAUUGCUCUUGCAGGACUGGAUUCACUGUAACCAACUCAAGUCUUCCUGUCAACAUUAGUAACCCUUGCAGUGAUGUAGAUGAAUGUGCAACUGCUCCUUCCAUCUGUGGACCAAACUCCAUCUGCAGCAACACAAUAGGAGGAUAUAAUUGCUCUUGCUGGACUGGAUUCACUGUAACCAACUCAAGUCUUCCUGUCAACAUUAGUAACCCUUGCAGUGAUGUGGAUGAAUGUGUACUUGGUACAUCUGCAUGUGGUCCAAACUCCAUCUGCAGCAACACAAUAGGAGGAUAUAAUUGCUCUUGCUGGACUGGAUUCACUGCAACCAACUCAAGUCUUCCUGUCAACAUUAGUAACCCUUGCAGGGAUGUAGAUGAAUGUGCAACUGCUCCCUCCAUCUGUGGACCAAACUCCAUCUGCAGCAACAAAAUAGGAGGAUAUAAUUGCUCUUGCUGGACUGGAUUCACUGUAACCAACUCAAGUCUUCCUGUCAACAUUAGUAACCCUUGCAGUGAUGUGGAUGAAUGUGCAACUGCUCCCUCCAUCUGUGGUCCAAACUCCAUCUGCAGCAACACAAUAGGAGGAUAUAAUUGCUCUUGCAGGACUGGAUUCACUGCAACAAAUCCUGAUCUGAAUCUCAGCACUACUAAUCCGUGUACAGAUGUAGAUGAAUGUGCAACUGCUCCCUCUAUCUGUGGUCCAAACUCCAUCUGCAGCAACACAAUAGGAGGAUAUAAUUGCUCUUGCAGGACUGGAUUCACUGCAACAAAUCCUGCUCUGAAUCUCAGCACUACUAAUCCGUGUACAGAUGUAGAUGAAUGUAAACCUGCUCCCUCUAUCUGUGGACCAAACUCCAUCUGCAGCAACACAAUAGGAGGAUAUAAUUGCUCUUGCAGGACUGGAUUCACUGUAACAAACCCUGCUCUGAAUCUCAGCACUGCUAAUCCGUGUACAGAUGUAGAUGAAUGUAAACCUGCUCCCUCUAUCUGUGGUCCAAACUCCAUCUGCAGCAACACAAUAGGAGGAUAUAAUUGCUCUUGCAGGACUGGAUUCACUGUAACAAACCCUGCUCUGAGUCUCAGCACUGCUAAUCCGUGUACAGAUGUGGAUGAAUGUGCAACUGCUCCCUCCAUCUGUGGUCCAAACUCCAUCUGCAGCAACACAAUAGGAGGAUAUAAUUGCUCUUGCAGGACUGGAUUCACUGCAACAAACCCUGCUCUGAAUCUCAGCACUACUAAUCCUUGUACAGAUGUAGAUGAGUGUAAACCUGCUCCCUCCAUCUGUGGACCAAACUCCAUCUGUAGCAACACAAUAGGAGGAUAUAAUUGCUCUUGCAGGACUGGAUUUAUUGUAACAAACCCUGCUCUGAGUCUCAGCACUGCUAAUCCGUGUACAGAUGUAGAUGAAUGUAAACCUGCUCCCUCUAUCUGUGGUCCAAACUCCAUCUGCAGCAACACAAUAGGAGGAUAUAAUUGCUCUUGCAGGACUGGAUUCACUGUAACAAACCCUGCUCUGAGUCUCAGCACUGCUAAUCCGUGUACAGAUGUGGAUGAAUGUGCAACUGCUCCCUCCAUCUGUGGUCCAAACUCCAUCUGCAGCAACACAAUAGGAGGAUAUAAUUGCUCUUGCAGGACUGGAUUCACUGCAACAAACCCUGCUCUGAAUCUCAGCACUACUAAUCCUUGUACAGAUGUAGAUGAGUGUAAACCUGCUCCCUCCAUCUGUGGACCAAACUCCAUCUGUAGCAACACAAUAGGAGGAUAUAAUUGCUCUUGCAGGACUGGAUUUAUUGUAACAAACCCUGCUCUGAGUCUCAGCACUGCUAAUCCGUGUACAGAUGUAGAUGAAUGUAAACCUGCUCCCUCUAUCUGUGGUCCAAACUCCAUCUGCAGCAACACAAUAGGAGGAUAUAAUUGCUCUUGCAGGACUGGAUUCACUGUAACAAACCCUGCUCUGAGUCUCAGCACUGCUAAUCCGUGUACAGAUGUGGAUGAAUGUGCAACUGCUCCCUCCAUCUGUGGUCCAAACUCCAUCUGCAGCAACACAAUAGGAGGAUAUAAUUGCUCUUGCAGGACUGGAUUCACUGCAACAAACCCUGCUCUGAAUCUCAGCACUACUAAUCCUUGUACAGAUGUAGAUGAGUGUAAACCUGCUCCCUCCAUCUGUGGACCAAACUCCAUCUGCAGCAACACAAUAGGAGGAUAUAAUUGCUCUUGCAGGACUGGAUUCACUGUAACAAACCCUGCUCUGAAUGUCAGCACUGCUAAUCCGUGUACAGAUGUAGAUGAAUGUAAACCUGCUCCCUCUAUCUGUGGACCAAACUCCAUCUGCAGCAACACAAUAGGAGGAUAUAAUUGCUCUUGCAGGACUGGAUUCACUGCAACAAACCCUGCUCUGAGUCUCAGCACUGCUAAUCCGUGUACAGAUGUGGACAAAUGCCUGACCACCCCAUCAAUAUGUGGUCCAAAUUCCACCUGCUUGAACACAAAAGGAGGAUAUAAUUGCUCUUGCUUGAAAGGAUUUACUGCAUUAAACUCAAGUCUUCCUGUCAACAUUAGUAACCCUUGUAUAGAUGUGGAUGAGUGUCUUUUCACACAAUUGUAUUGUGGUCAAAAUACCAACUGCACCAACACAAUAGGAGGCUACAAUUGCUCCUGUUGGCUUGGAUUCACCACAAUAAACUCAAGUUUGAGUGUCAGCACCAAAAACCCAUGUAUACUCAUACCAGAGAUCCCAGUCAAUAUGUCACUGACAUUAAACGAAAAGUUUGACAUCACACUCACCAACCCAAACAGUGGAAAGUAUAUCCAAUACAAAAAUAGUAUUGAGAAUUCAAUAAAUGACGCUUAUCUAAAAGUACCUGGCUAUAUACCUGGUUCUGUCAAAGUGUACAGGUUCAGGCCGGGGAGUGUAAUUGCAGACUUCACGAUUGCCACAGUUGACGAUGUACCUAAUUUUGGAUCAGCAAACACUGAGCUCUCUAGUGCGCUUAUUGUCAAUGGAUUCAGUGUAAAUGCAAAUGCCUUUGCUGAAAGCAAUGAGUGUAACCUGUACCAAAGCUCUGGCAAAAUAUACCCUCUGCAGGAGCUGCUGUUGAACUGCGACCCUCCUGCUGGUUCAAAGGGAGAUAUAAAAUGGACUGUGAAUGGGGGUGACCCUUUGUCAAGUCCUGAUAAAUAUGAAGUCCUUAAUAAAAAUCGCACACUCCACUUAAAAAGUGUAAAUAGUGAUUACAGUGGUUUAUAUGAAUGCACAACAACCAAGAAUUCUCUGCCCAAUAUCCAGUGGCAGAGAAUUCUAGUUCAGCCGUACCCAAAUAUACAAGUGGGUUCUGAUAAAGAGUUUAAAUGUGAGCAACAGACAGUUCCACUGCAGUGCUGUGCCCAUAUCAGCUAUACAAUUGAGUGGAUCCAGAACUCCAUUCCCGGCACACUUACACCACCAGGCUCUGGCUGCAUUACAUAUUAUUACACUAUCCAGAAGCAGUUUUGUGAGAAUGCGGACCUGAAUGUUAUUUUCACAUGCCGGCUUUCAGGUGUGGGCCUAGGAAAUUUUCAGUAUAGCUCUAAAAACAUCACAAUAAGAACAACCAAAAAAGAACCAAUCUGCUCAAACAGCAACUUUGGCAUUGGAGCUGUAAAUCAGAACGCAUCUGGAAACUGUGCGGGAGACAUGGUUGGCAUUCAGUAUGCAACGUGUAAUUCAAAUGGAGAUUGGAUCCCAACAAAAAACAACUGCACCCUCCGUGUCAUCCAGGAUUUAUCAGACCAAGCUGAACACUUGGAUGUGAGUGAAGUGUCUCAGUUUACUGCAAAUCUCAGCAAUGCUGUAGAACAGAAUUCCAAAAACAUUACAAAUACUUCUGCAACUAUUGUAAAAAUAGUAGAUUUACUCAAUACCAUCGCCACUGUUUCACAAUCAUUCACAGUCACCAAAGAUAUGAUGCAGGAUUUCCUAAUAACAGUUGACGUCAUUGUAUCAAAUGACACCUAUGGACAAUGGCAGAAGCUGAACAAAGAUAAUGACAGCAAGAAUGCAAGCUCUGCUCUUCUGCAGUCAAUUGAAAAAAUUGGAGAGAGUCUCUCAGAUGAGCCGCUUUCAUUAACAACCUCAAACAUCCAGCUCAACCGGACUAAUUUUACUAACUCCUUCCAUGGAACAUUUGGACAAAGUUCAGACACAGAAAUAGAUAUCCUAAACAGUAACACAUCCAGCUCCAUCACCAUCAUAGUUUUUUCAGCCCUUCAGAAUAUCUUACCUGUCAGAAAUGCUACCCACAAUGAAAGUAUUCUAACAGAUACUAAGAUCGGUUCAAAUGUAGUAAUGAUCAAACUGGACCAGAAAACGGACCCCUUGCUCUCCCUUUCAUUUGACACUAAAAAUAAUUCACUGUCAACCCCUCAGUGUGUCUUUUGGAACUUUAGUCUCUUGGAUGGAGUUGGAGGAUGGGACUCAAAUGGAUGUGAAGCAAAUCAAUCAGAAAAAACUGGCUAUGUUGUUUGUCACUGCAACCACACAACUGCUUUUUCAAUUCUGAUGUCACCUUUCCCCUUUGAUGAUCCUGCUUUGGAAUUCAUAACUUACAUUGGUGUUGCUAUUUCAAUGGGCAGCCUGGUCUUGUGUAUCCUCAUAGAAAUCCUCAUUUGGAAAUCAAUGACCAAAAAUGACACGUCCUACAUGCGCCAUUUAUCCACAGUCAACCUGGCAGCAUCCCUCCUGAUUGCGGAUAUAUGCUUCAUCAUUGGAGCAGGAAUUGUUAAAAAAGGACAGGACAUGCCAGUGCGUGCCUGCACUGCAGUGACAUUCUUCAUGCACUUCUUUUACCUGGCUCUUUUCUUCUGGAUGUUACUCUCAGCCCUCCUGCUGCUCUACCGCACACUUGUGGUCUUUUCCAGAAUGUCCAGAUCUGUGAUGAUGGCCAUAGCCUUCAUUAUUGGCUAUGGGGCUCCACUACUCAUAGCUGUUAUUACAGUGGCUGUAACAGCUGGAAACAAUGGAUAUAUUCAAGAGGCAAAGGCUUGCUGGCUCAACUGGGACAAAACCAAGGCACUUCUAGCAUUCGUGAUUCCAGCCCUGACCAUUGUCGUUAUAAAUAUCCUGGUGCUCGCUGUGGUUUUAUAUAAGAUGUUGAGAAGAGGAGUUGCAGUCACCACUCAUGCAGAAGAGAAACAUACCAUGUUGGUCAUUGCCAGAUGUGUGGGCAUCUUGACUCCUCUCUUUGGUCUGACCUGGGGAUUCGGCAUCGGGACCAUGGUGUCAACUUCUAAAGGGAUUCACAUAGUCUUCGCAACCCUCAACUCACUGCAGGGUUUCUUUAUUUUAGUAUUCGGAACUCUCUUGGACAAUAAGAUCCGUGAGGCUAUUGUAGGAAAGCUAAAGCUGAAGAACAUCAGCUCUAACUUCACUGUGAGCACUAGUGCAGGACCAUCUUCCUCAAAUGGAAAGGGUAUAAUUCACAGAUUUCCCAGGAAAUAUGUCUACAAUAUAUCUGAAGCAGCUCACUCUUCAACUGUACCUUCAAGCAACUCGGACACGUUUAGAUUCAUCGACACAUGAUGCCUUCAAUCUGUGGCAGCUGUCGUUCAAAUUAUUUCCUGGCCAUAAAAGAUGUUUGGGGAGAAAUAUAUAAACAUGUUGCAGGGCAUGGUUCGUGGUUUUAAUUAUUUAAUUAUUUAAGCAGUAAUGCAUAAGAAGGAGUGCUAUAAUAUGAGUUAUUCACACUUGAAUACUCUGAUCAGAUCACCAGUGCCAAUAUCAGCACAAACUUCAAGCAUAUUAUUGAGAUUAUACCAUGUGGGAUGUGUGAAUACCAGCAUACAAUAUCUAGCCUUCAUCCUUUGCUUGUUUUUUGUAAUUUUACUACUGUAAUGAGUAAAAUACAUAUUAAAGGCAAUAACUUGAAAUAUAAUCUAUGCAGGCAGUUUAACUUGUGCAGUUUUUGCUUAUAUAACACUGCUUCAGGCUGGUGUAUGUCCUGUAAGCACUAUCAGCUUGCUAACUUAUGUGUGAAUGUCUUCAGUUAGAGUGCCAUUAUUGUGAGGUAUUGGCACUGCGAUAUCAUUUCUCAGCAUCGUCUCACAUCGGUGUCAGAAAUAACUGUGGUAUAAUAUUACACUGGAUGACAUGGGCUUAUUGGUUUCAUGAAUCAACUACUGUAUGAUGUAUUGCAUUUACAUUUAAAAUAAUUCCAUGUAUUUAUUUAUUUAUUUAAAUAAAUAAACUUGAGCUCA